UCUGUCCCACACUGUGCAGCCCCCCAGCAAACAGCCGGGGUUUAAACCGGACAGGUUAACGGUGUUUCAGUCCUCUCCCGGCCGCCUCGGACCUGCCUCUACAGAGAUGUUGGUGCGGUGGUUGCUGCCGGUGCUCUGUGCUCUGUCCGCAGAGGCCGACUUCUUCCACUUCGACAGAAUUUCCAAUGUUUCCAGCUACUAUUUUAAUUAUAUUUAUUGCAAUAUAUGGGAGGGGGAUUGUCAGCCCAACCAAGACGAUGCUGCACAGCAAGUUCCUUCCAGGGACCCUUGGGCAGGUUUUCCUCAGGACUACAUCAGCCUGCUGAAUCAGUGGUACUGUAGCCUGGGCCAGUGCUGUGAAUCUGGAGACUGCAGGAUGACCAACAACAUCUCAGGUCUGGCGAGGGACCUUCAGACGAAGCUCCACGGGCAGCACCUGGCUCAGUCUGUGGUUCUGAAAGCCAUCCAGGGUUUUAUCAACAACCCCGAGUCCAAUAAGCCGCUGACGCUCUCCUUCCACGGCUGGUCCGGCACCGGCAAGAACUUUGUGGCCCGGGUCAUCGCAGAUAACCUGUAUCGUGACGGCAUGAAGAGCGAGUGUGUCCGACUGUUCAUUGCCCCGUUCCACUUCCCACACGCCAGACUGGUGGACACGUACAAGGGCCAGCUGCGAGAGGCGAUCCGGGACAUGGUGCUGCGCUGCCCUCAGACUCUGUUCAUCUUCGACGAGGCGGAGAAGCUUCACCCCGGCCUCAUCGACGCCAUCAAACCCUACAUGGAUCACUAUGACAACGUCGAUGGCGUCAGCUACCGCAGAGCCAUCUUCCUCUUCCUCAGUAAUAUAGGUGGAGCAACGAUCAAUGACGUAGCGCUGGACUUCUGGCACUCUGGUCAAAACCGAGAGGACAUCGGUAUGGAAGACCUGGAGCAUCGGCUACGAGCGGAAACUAUGGAGUCUCAUGGUGGGUUUGCUCAGAGUGAGCUGAUGUCUGGCCACUUGAUCGACUUCUUUGUGCCGUUCCUGCCUCUGGAGUACCGCCAUGUGAAGCUGUGUGCACGGGACGCCUAUACAGCACGAGGCCUGGAGACGGAUGAAGCUACGCUGGAUGAGGUGGCCAAGGCGAUGCUGUAUGUGCCCAAAGAGGAGAGACUGUUCUCUGCCCAGGGAUGCAAGUCCAUACCCCAGCGGAUCAACUUCUUUCUCCCCUAGAAGGAGAGACAGACAGACAGAGAGACCUGGAGGAGGAGUCCAUCUGCUUACAGAGCCACAGAGGAGAUGUGUCUGCUCUGCUCUACGUACUCUCCCCCCCACAGACACAACACGUGUCUGUCCAGGUCCCUCAGAGGACAGACAGCAGGGCUGAUCCAGAGGGGAAAGCAGCGCGACCCACCCUGCAGACAUGAGGAGAGCCAGACGGUCACCAUGUGCAGUGUGGCUGCUCUUCUUCACCUGCCGGGUUUGAAUCCUCACAGUAAGACGGAGAAUUAGACGGUGUACGUGGUUAUGAAGUGUGUGUCAUACCUUUGUUGUCACUAUUUAUGUCUGUUCAUCUUGUCUUAGUUGCACAUUUUUUUUUUACGUUUAGGUAAGUUCAUACUUCAUGUGUUAGUAUACGCAUGUCGGACAUCGAUGCUGAUAUCAGCACUGAAUAUUUAUUGACAUCAUUUGUGCCAUAUUUGAGCAUUUUUACUGUCCCUGAUUAUUUUUGUGGAGUUGUUUUAAUACACAUUUGGUGGUAAUGUAUUAGUAAAUAUUAAAUGGCACUGUAGUGUGAACAGUAUGGAGUGUGUAACGGCUAACGUACAUGGUGCUGUGAUGAAUAUGUGACUUGAAGUUGUUACUAAGAGUACAUGUGUCAUUUGAAAGUGAUCUUUUCUGUGUAAAUAUGUUGAACAACAAUCGUUUUAUUGUCAGUAAUUUCGUUGUUUCAUAUGAAACCUCAUACGUGUCUUUGAAUCAUCAUCACAUCAUAACAUAUUGCUGUUGAUUUGGAGCAUAGUUAACAAAUAUAUUUGUAUUCGAUGACUUGCUUUAUGUCCAUCAUUCAUGCGUUCACGGAUUUUCUUCUCUAAAGUUAAUGAUCACAAGAAGAAUGAGAAAAGAAAUGUCAGAAAUGGUUUUAAGAAAAUAAACAUCCACAGUAAACCAACAAAAGUUGUUUUUAUUUAAUGCAAUAAUUUGAUGUGUUCAUUUGUCAAAUAAACUUUAAAGCAAU